AUGGUCUCCCUUCCAAGUGUUCCUCCCCGGGGCCUUCUGGAAGGUUCCCCCUGCCGCCUGCUGCAGCAGCCUCCGUUGCCCUGGAGACCGACCAACUGGUCGCCAGGCGACGGCAGAGGCAGGGCCAGACAGCGGAUGGGAGUGGUUGGGUGGGCAGGGGCCACAGAGGAGCAGCCGGGCGCUGCGGACCCCCCCACCCCACACUUAUCUCUCUGCCUGCAGGAGUGGCUGAGCAGGUUUGGCUACCUGCCACCAGCUGACCCCUCUACAGGGCAGCUGCAGACACAAGAGGAGCUGUCCAAGGCCAUUACAGCCAUGCAACACUUCGGGGGCCUGGAGGCCACUGGCGUGCUGGACGAGGCCACACUGACGCUGAUGAAGACCCCACGCUGCUCCCUCCCCGACCUCCCCAGUCCGGACCUCUCCCGACGCAGGCGCCAAGCCCCCACACCAACCAAGUGGAACAAGAGAAACUUGUCCUGGAGGGUCCGGACGUUCCCGCGGGACUCGCCGCUCGGCCGCGACACAGUGCGGGCGCUCAUGUACUACGCCCUCAAGGUCUGGGGCGACAUCACACCGCUCAACUUCCACGAAGUGGCGGGCAGUGCGGCGGACAUCCAGAUCGACUUCUCCAGGGCUGACCACGAUGACGGCUACCCCUUUGACGGCCCGGGCGGCACCAUUGCCCACGCCUUCCUCCCCGGCAACCACCACGCCGCGGGGGAUGCCCACUUCGAUGACGACGAGGCAUGGACCUUCCGCUCCUCGGAUGCCCACGGGAUGGACUUAUUCGCAGUGGCUGUUCACGAGUUUGGCCACGCCAUCGGGCUGAGCCACGUCGCUGCUGCCCAGUCCAUCAUGCGGCCAUACUACCAGGGCCCAGUGGGCGACCCGCUGCGCUACGGGCUGCCCUACGAGGACAGAGUGAGAGUCUGGCAGCUCUACGGUGUGAGGGAGUCCGUGUCCCCAACCGGGCCCCCGGAGCCUGAGGAGCCACCUCCCUUGCCAGACCCGCCUCACAACCGGUCCAGUGUGUUGUCUGGGAAGGACGUCCCUCACAGGUGCAGUGCACACUUCGAUGCUGUGGCGCAGAUCCGGGGCGAGGCCUUUUUCUUCAAAGGCAAGUACUUCUGGCGGCUGACACGGGACCGGCACCUGGUGUCCCUGUGGCCUGCGCAGAUGCACCGCUUCUGGCGGGGCCUGCCGCUGCACCUGGACGGUGUGGACGCCGUGUACGAGCGCACCAGUGACCACAAGAUCGUCUUCUUCAAAGGAGACAGAUACUGGGUGUUUAAGGACAAUUACGUAGAGGAAGGAUACCCGAGGCCCAUCUCCGACUUCAGCCUCCCGCCGGGCGGUGUGGACGCCGUCUUCUCCUGGGCCCACAAUGACAAGACUUAUUUCUUUAAGGACCAGCUGCACUGGCGCUACGAUGACCACACAAGGCGCAUGGACCCCGGUUACCCCGCCCGGAGCCCCCCCUGGAGGGGUGUCCCCAGCGCGCUCGAUGACGCCAUGCGCUGGUCUGAUGGUGCCUCCUACUUCUUCCGUGGCAAGGACUACUGGAAGGUUCUGGAUAGCGAGCUGGAGGUGGCACCUGGGUACCCGAAGUCCACAGCUCAGGACUGGCUUGUCUGUGAGGAGCUGCAGGCUGGCAGCCCUGAGGUCAUGGGCUCGGACCUCGAGGACGGGACACUAGCCCGACCGGGCCAGCACGACCAGAGCCGCUCCGAGGAUGGCUAUGAGGUCUGCUCCUGCAGCUCCCUGGCCUCCCUGCCACCCAGGGGCCCGGGCACACUGCUGGCUGCCCUGCUGCUGCUGCUGCUGCUGCCGCUGCUGCCACCGCCGCCACCACCACCACCAUGCUUACUGUGGACAUGGGCCCAGACGCUAUGACAGCUGGCCUGGGCCUGAAGAAGGAAUAGAGGGCAGCCCAGGACACAGAGGGCCGGCCAGGGCAUGGCCCCACCCCAGGGGCCGAAGCAGAAGCCAGCCUUGCAGAUAAGGGCAGCUGGGUUCCAAUCCCUGAUCCAGGCCAUGCAGGGUUGGGAGACGGCCGGCAGAGGGCGCCGUUGCUCCACCAGGCUCAUCUGGUUACCAGGGUGGGAAGGCAGGGGGACCCUGGGCUGUGGGGACCCUCACUGAUGCCAGGGGACAGGGCCGGCACACUUAAUCACACCACAGCAGCCACCAGCCUUCUACAGAUCACCCCUGCCUGAGGGGCGCUGGGGUGGCCCCUGGCUGGUGUUGCCACCUCAUCUGCGUGCGUGCACACUGCCACCCCGACCUUCUGACGCCCACUUUGGGGGCUUCCAUCCCUGGCCUUCUUGGGGGCUGCUGGUCACUGUGCCUCAAGGCAGCCCCUGCCCACACCCAUGAGCCCCAGGAUAGGCCGCGGCACCUCCCCCUGUGAUGCGUUUGGGACAAACAUGACCUCCGGCUUUGUAUGG